UUUCUGGAAUUUACGAAUUGUCAUAAUUCUAACUGAUUGUGUACGAUUGAUUGGAAUUAGAUUAAUAAAGUGUUGUUAUUUGUGAUAAGAAUUAGAUAAGAAUUAGAUUAAUAAUAAAUUAAUAAAGUAUGAUUGAUAAGAAUUAGAUUAAUAAAGUGUAUAUUUCUAUUUAAUCUUACAAUUUAUUACCUUCUAUGCGUCUUUCUUGUUCGUUAAAUAUUUUCUUUUUUGUAACAAAUGAUAUUAAAUAUAUGUUGAAAGUUAUGAAUACUGCCAUGAAUCGUGUAAAAGUAAAUGUUAGAGACAAAUGUCCUUUUAUGGAAAAAUGUUAUCGAAAAAAUCCAAUACAUUUUGCAGAAAUGUCACAUCCUCAUCUUGAAAGAUUGGUAAUUGAUCAAUUGGAUGACACAAUAAAAAUACCUGAUGUUCUUGAUUUUGAGUGCGAUCGCUCUCAAUUGUUGGAUCAAUUAAAGGUGAUACAAAUUGUAAUGAGAAAAGAAAGGGACAAGGACAGAGAUAGUUUCUUAAAAUUAAAGAAUGACCUACUUCCAAUAGAUAUUGCAAAAAAUUCUACUACCUCAAAAAGUCCAAAUAAAGUAAGUAAUUCAGAAGAUCGUAAUUUAGAUUUUGAAAAUCAGCAGAGCUCAAGCUCAUCGGUAUCUAUAAUGGAUACUUAUGAAUCUUGUAAAUUGAACAAAGAUAGAGAAGAAAUACGAAAAAAGGCAAUAAAAAAAAUGAAACAGCAAGGUUUCGAAAUAUCUUUAGUAGAACCUGGAGAAUUCGCUGUUAAAUAUGCCCUUGCUGCUCCCUAUUACAUAUUUUUUACAAGAAUAGACAAAUCGUUACCGACAUAUAAUCAACCACUUUCUAUAACCUUUCCUGAAAUAUUAGAUAAAAGUCUUGGAGAAAUUAAAUCCAGUUUACAAAUUAGUUUCAUGGUCGAUGUUGGCUGGCUUUGUUUGCAAUAUUUAUUAGCAGGACAGAAAGCCGAUAUAACAAUUUUAUAUGGAGAUGGAGGUAGAGUAGAUAAGGAAAAGGUAGGCAAGAACAUUACUUUGGUACCUAUUCCUCAACCAAUACAGUAUGGUUGUCAUCAUACAAAGAUGAUGAUACUGGAAUAUAAUGAUGGUGGAAUCAGAAUUGUAGUAUCUACUGCAAAUUUAUAUACGGAUGAUUGGGAGAAUAGAACUCAAGGACUUUGGAUCUCUCCUCAUCUACCUUCAUUAUCGAACCUCGAUGAUACGAAUAAUGGAGAAUCUAAGACCGGUUUCAAAAAAGACUUUUUACAAUAUUUGAAAAGUUACAAACAACAAGCUUUAAGCAGAUGGAUUGAUAUCGUAGAAAAGGCGGAUUUUUCAGACGUUAACGUUUUCUUCAUUGCCUCCGUACCCGGUAAUUACCGUCAGACCGGUGUAGACGCAUGGGGACAUAAAAAGUUGGGUUAUGUUCUUUCCACAUAUGCCAGUUUACCAUUAAAUUCACUGGAUUGGCCUAUAAUUGCACAAAGCUCCAGUAUAGGAACCUUAGGAUUGAGUUACGAAAAAUGGGUACAAAGAGUUAUAGUAUCAUCUAUGUCAAGAACAAAAGAAUUGACAAUUCUUCCAAAUUUUCAUUUUAUCUUUCCCACUCAAAAAAAUUACGAAGAAAGUUUUGACUGUCAGAAUGCUUGUUGCUGUCUAUGUUAUAGACAGCAAACGCAUUCGAAACAAAAAUGGCUCGAAAAAUAUUUAUGUCAAUGGAAAGCUUCAAAGACAUCCAGAGAUAAAGCAAUGCCUCACAUUAAGUCUUACACGAGAUUGUCUCCAGACUUAAAAAGAAUGGCUUGGUUCAUGCUCACCAGUGCAAAUUUGAGCAAAGCAGCAUGGGGAACAGAAAUGAAGAAAUUCUAUUCCAUCUCGAAUCACGAAGCUGGUGUAUUAUUCCUUCCUACAUUUAUCACCGGAGAAACUACAUUCCCUGUAGAAAAGGAAAAUGACGACUCGAAUAUUCAGCCAUUUCCCAUUCCAUACGACCUUCCAUUAAUUCCUUACGAGUCUGAGGAUAAUCCAUUUGUGAAUGACAUUUUCGACGAAUGAAAUGUUUUCCCAAAAUUACUUAGGUAUGUUCGAUCUACGUUAUAAUGGACGAUAUGUGAUCUUGUCAUCGCCCCUUCCACUUCCAUUUCCACUUCCACUUCCUCUUCUUCUUCCUCUUCCUCUUCCCUCUCCUAUUCCGCUCCUCCUCCCACCAUUAUACUUACUAUAUUUAAUACAUUUUUUUAUAGUGUAUACUCAACGGUAUGUCUACAAAUAUGCUCAAUGGUAUGUCUACAAAUAUUUUCAAAUAAAAAUUUAUUUCAACAUAAGUAAA